AUGCGCCUGUACGGCGGCGAAGAGAUGGAGAUAGGCUUUCGUACAUGGAUGUGCGGGGGUGACAUUGAGUAUUUGCCGUGCUCUCAUGUUGGCCAUAUCUUUCGGACACCGAAGUAUUGGCAAGGCCAGGUCUACAGAGUGCCUGGCGAGGAGAUCUCACGAAACAAGCUACGGACUGCCGAGGUUUGGAUGGAUGAAUUCCAGUCUCUAGUCAAGUUCGCCGCUGGCCCUUUGCGUGGCCCUCGAGGGUCCCUAACAAGCUAUGCUGCAGACCAUGUUGUCGCCGAGGCCGCCCUCUUUACCCAUUGGCAAUUUGGAACCCAGAAAGCAGCUGCGAAGGAAACUCCAGUGCAAGGAGAGGGCUGA